CUUUGUGUUUAUUUGUGCUUUUUUCAAGGUCGACCAUCUGGUGGAGUUGUAAGCAAUAAAUCUUAAGGGGUUAUCUAGGAUUAUAUGCCAAAAAUUUUACCGAUUUUACAAUGAUUUAUUAUUUUUGAGAAUCGUCUUAAUAUACGUCAUAUUCACCUCACUAUUUUCAAUUUACGUCAUUAUAGUGAUUUUAAUUUGAGGUAAAAGAACUGUUUUGAUACAUUUCGGUUUUUUUAUGGAUUAUCUACUACAUCACAGGAAUUUGUUUCACUUUAAAAUUCAAGUAAACAGGCUUCUUAGAUACAUGCUUUAGAUUCUCAAUUUGAGAUUAAAAUGAUGUCACUACAGAGGAUUUCUGUACAACUCAAAGGCAUUCACAAUCCUACCUGUGGAAUUUACAGAAAUACAGCAACAGCCGUUGCUGAAAAAACCGAUGUGAAACCAUUUAAUUCCAUUCCAGGACCUCCUAGACUGCCUGUUAUUGGGAAUCUUCAUUUAUUCGGGAAAUUUGGUCCUUAUUCCAUGGAUUACCUUCAAAAAGCUUUCUUAGACUUGCACAAAAAGUAUGGAGAUAUCGUAAGAGUAGAUCUCGGUGUUCGAAUGGUACUGCUUUUUCGACCCGAAGAUAUCCAGCGACUCUACUCAGUGGAAAUGUUGUAUCCAAAAAGACCUAUUUUCGAAGCUCUUAAGCUUUAUCGAAGCAAAAGAAAAGAUGUUUACAGUUGUGCUGGCUUGGUUUCGGAGAAUGGAAAGGAGUGGAAACGUCUCAGAGAUGCUACAAAUUUUAUGUUAUCUCCUCAUUUUGCACAAACCUAUUUAUUGGGACAAGAAAAAAUUGCAGAAGAUUUCGUUUCUUUCAUGCAGAGAAAAAAAAGUUUAACUGGACAGAUUCCGAACUUUUUGAACGAAAUAUAUCGAUAUACAGAAGAAGCUGUAGGACUGGUUUGUUUUGGAAUGCGAUUGGGCCUUUUGGAUGCAUCAAAAUCUCAGAACAAUUUCAGUAAGAAACUUACUCAGUCAGCGGAUGAUGCAAUGCAAGGACUGGCUGAUACACUUCUUGGGUUUCCAUGGUGGAAGAUAUUUAAUACUCGAUCCUACAAGAAACUUGUCAGUUCUCAAGAUUUCUUCCAAAGCUUUGCAUCGGAUUGUGUUAAAAUAGCAAAAGAAAAACUGAAGGAUGAUAGUAUCAAAGACAAAUCAGAAUUAGAGUUUGUCAAAAGACUUUUGGAGGAUCAAAAUUUAUCGCCUUCUGAUAUCAGCCUUUUGAUGACAGAAAUCUUUUCAGCCGGCAUUGAUGCAACAGGUAAUACAAUCGGAUUUAUUUUGUACAAUCUUACUAAGCGUCCCGAUGCUCAAGAAAAGUUAUACGAAGAGAUAAGGCAUUUCAUGGAAGAUGGUUUACCAUUGUCAGUGCAAAAAAUGGAUCAAAUGAAAUAUUUAAAAGCAUGUAUCAAAGAAUCGUAUAGAUUAACUCCAACAGCCGGAGGAAAUGCAAGAAUUUUAUCUGAACCAACUGUUAUAUCAGGAUAUUAUUUACCAGCCGAUGUUUUAUGCAUUGCUCAGAAUCCAAUAAUAUGUCGUCAAGAUAAAAAUUUCGACAGAGCUUCGGAAUUUUUGCCAGAAAGAUGGUAUGUCGAUAGUACAGCCCGCAUCAAAAAAGUUGGACACCCUUACAGCAUUUUGCCAUUUAGCCAUGGCUCAAGACGUUGUGUUGGACAAAGAUUUGCCGAACAAGAAAUAAGACUUGCCAUUAUCAAGAUUAUCGAGAAAUUCCGAGUGGAAUAUGAUGGUCCUGAGAUAGGAAGCAAAUCGCGUAUGUCCCUUAUACCAGACAAACCGCUGAAUUUUACUUUUGUCGAGCGAUAAAUAGAUGUCUGGCUGAUAUUGCUCAAAUGAGUUGUGAAAUAAAUAUGUAUGAGAUUGAAAAUAAAUAAAACUUAUAUGUAUAUUUU